GUGAAUCAAAGUGGCUGUUUUAUCACUAAGGCAAAGAGUUUAAAGCUGGUAUUUUACGUGAUCACUGGAGGUAAUCAGAUCAGAGGAUUUGCAGUGUGUAAAUCCAAGUUAUGAGGAAGUGUAAGCACUCUACCAUAAUGAAAGCUGCCUUGCUCUCUUCCAUAUUAUUCUACUGGUAUUUGUUUUUCAACACACAGUGUUGAGGAAUACAUGUUGCUCUCUCAUCCUUUCUAAAACUGUCCAUCUAAAUAUAAGAAGAAGUCAGGACAUUUUUGUUUUGUUUCUUUUGACUGCUAAUCCAGAAAAUCAGUGCUAGCAGAAAAGGCACACACUUAUCUAGGGAAGACAAAUCCAACAUAGAUCCCAAGAUCUCACAGCAUUAUGUAAAGUAUACGUUUUCUUAGCCAUUUUCCAUGUCUGAUUCCAUGAAUUGCAUUGUUCUGUGUCAGCCGCCAUGUAAUUGUUUGCAUGCAUGUUUAUUAUGUGUCAGAUCAUUUUCAUCAUAUGCUUUUUUUAAUAAAGUAAUUUUGUUGAAACUGCCUCCCCCCCCCCAUUUUAUACCUUAACUCUUAAUCUUAGGCCCUCCCCUAAUCCCAUGUUCUACAAAAAGAUGAAGAGAGGAAUACAAAAAAAGAGUCUUAUCUGCCUUCAUUAAUUCAUUUUAUAGAAUCUGAAGGGUUUACUAGUUUCUGUUCAGUUAGGAACAUGUCAUGUGACUGUCCAGUGACACUUACUGGUAGUAUGUGAGAUAGCAGACUAGUUCUAUUAAACAUUAUAAGUACUUAGACAAAAAGAAGGAGCUAAGUUCCAGAAAUUCCUAAGAAUUGGGAUUUGAGAGGUGGAUGAGAUGUGGGUGGUGACAAGGAAUGAGCCAGGGUAGAGAUUCCAGAUUCCAGUAAAGGGUGAAAAUUUCAGAAAAGACUAAAAAAGCCAUUGUAUUCUGCAGUAUUCAGCAUCCUAGAGUGUAAUUCCUUCCUUGUCAAAGUUCUCAACUUUAUUACUGAUAGCAUUUUUCCCCUUGUGGUUUGUAUUUUAUUUUUUUAUAAUAGAAGCCAACUGGGAAAAUAGGAUACGUUUGUUUCAGUUUUCAGACAGCUUUAUUGGAGUACAUAUCUGAACCUGAUCCCUCUGAAUUUUUGCAUGUGAAUUUGAUGUUACAGUGAUUUUCAAAAAGGAGCCCUGGUGGUGCAGUGGUUAAGUGCUUGACUGCUGACCAAAACAUUGGCUGUUUGAACUCACCAGCUCUGCCGGAGAAGAGACCUGGUAAUCUGCUCCCAUAAAGAUUACAGUCUAGGAAACACUUUGGGGCAGUUCUACUCUUCCUAUAUGGUCACUGUGAGUCAAAAUCAACUUGAUGGCACACAGCAACAACAAUAUAACUCACAUAACUGAUACCUGGUGCCUUUUUCACUUCUCUCCUUUACAGGUAGUCCCCAAUUUACCACAUAUUCAAGUUAUGACAACCACAAUUAAGACCAUCUUUUUUUUUUUUUUUUGGCUUUGGCAAACAAAAAUUUAUUCUCUCACAGUCUAGUAGGCUAGAAGUCUGAAUUCAGGGCACCAGUUCCAGGGAAAGACUCUUUCUGUUGGCUCUGGGGGAAGGUCCUUGUCAUCAAUCUUCCACUGUUGAGAAAUUUCUCAGCGCGGGGACCCUGGGUCCAAAGGAUGCACUGUUCUCCUGGCUCUUGUUUCUUGGUGGUAGGAGGUCCCUCUGUCUCUCUGCUCUCUUCUCUCUUUUAUAUCUCAAAAGAUACUGACUUAAAAUACAACCUAAUCUUGUAGAUUGAGUUCUGCCUUAUUAACAUAACUGCCUCUAAUCUUUCCUCAUUAACCUCAUAGAAGUAGGAUUUACAACACGUAGGAAAAUCACAUUAGAUGACAAAAUGAUGGACGGUCACACAAUACUGGUAAUCCUGGCCUAGCCAUGUUGACACGCAUUUUUGGGGGACACAGUUCAAUCCAUAACACCAACUCAUAAUGACCCCAUAUGACAGCAGAACUGCCCCACAGGGUUUCCUAGGCUGUAAUCUUUAUGGGAGCAGAUCACCAGGUCUUUCUCCCACUGAGCCAAUGGGUAGGUUCAAAGCACCAGCCUUUCAGUUAGCAGCCAAGCGCUUAACCAUUGUUCCACCAGGGCUCCUUCACUUGGUUCUAGGUGGUUUUUGUCCUCUCUCUACCCCUUUUUUUUUUUUACUACCCUACUUCCACUACACUUGUUCUUGCUUGUCAACCUGAGAAAGUGACAAGAAACUUGUGAACCCUCUGUAGCACCGGUUUUUUUGGGGGUACAUUUUAUUGUUAGUAAUACGUAUGUAUGUAUUAAAAUAUAUCUCUAAGUUUGUAUGUUAUAUUUCCAACCCCCAAAGACAAAGAUCGGAUUUAUGAAAAUACUCAUAAUAAGAGGCAAUAAUAAUGAAAACAACAAAAAAAAAGAUACUUGACUUAAAAUGAGAACCAACUUACAUUGGAGUUAUCAGAAUGGAACCCCAUCGUAAGUUAGGGACUACUGUACUUUAAAAAGCUACAUUUUUUGGUGAAAAGGUUAGAAAAGAUUGCUGCCUUCCUGUUUUGGAUUCAGGUUACUUGUAUCAUAGAAAAAGGAUGGAAAGCUAUAGCUUAAGACUUUGAAAGUAGCAGAAUUCAUCCCUUUACUUCCUUUGCAUGUCAAAACUUUAUGGUCAGAUGAGAUUAUAAUUCGUUAGUUGUGUUUAGACUCCUUCUAAGUGUCUCCCAAUAUCUGUUAACAAAUACCUCUAGAAUGAGAUUUCUAGAAGAUUUAUUGUGAUUGCUUUAUGUUACUUGAAAUGGUGAAAAUCUGGCAGAGAAUAUAAAUUUGGUAAAGUGAAUCACCUUUGGCCUAUCAUCCAACUUCCUUAUGUCCCUCGAGACCUUUAAGCUAUUCAUGACCCACUGUCAUUGAUUCAAAUUCUGUUUUCCAGAAAUCAUAGAAUAAUAAAAAAAAAAAAAAGUGAAGGCUAUGUAAAUUCUAGGAGGAAGGACUUAGAAUCAUGAUAAUUUUUGCAAAGCAUGGUUUAAAACCAACUGCUAUAGAUGUCCCAAAAAGCAGUGGCUUCUACCAAGUAGAAGAUGAAAGAGUGAAAGCAAAUUUUAAUUCAAGAGUCUAAUUCUUAAGAAAGAAAAAAACCUAUAGUUCUCUUGGGUUAUUUCAGUAUCUGUUCCCUGCCCAAGUUUUAUGAUGUGCACCCCAAAACUCAGAAAACAUCUUACGUCUUAAUACUAAGUGAAGGUGAAAGGAAAAUUCACCUAAAAUAGACUAGUGGAUUAUGCUCUCCACCAUAUAAUCAAAACCACCAGGCUUUCAAUGGAUACGUAAACAUGUUUUGGUUGCUAGGUCUUUAAUGGCAGUUAUUUUUGGAUUCUGUUCAUGAUCCACUUCCCAACAGCAAGUCUGAUGUGACACAGCUGAGUUCUAAAUAUGCUGCAUGUACUUUUUUUAAAAGAUGGCUGCUCAAGGUUGUGCUCUCUACAUUCUUAUCUUAAAAGACAGGUGAUAAGAGUUUUUCUAGCCCUCUCCUCUCAAGUCUCCUUUUGAGACUCUUUGUUUCCCUUGAGACCUCAUCAUCCUCAUGAAGAGGAACUCCGGAGAAGUAGUACUCCUGCUAAUACCUCUCUAUGGAAUAUGGUAGCAGGAGUAGUUAACACAGCUACCUCCUGAGAAUGGGUUAGUGUUGUUAAGGCAAAUGGUGCCCCAGAUACCCUGUUGGCAAAGGACUGGUUGAAUUUGAAUUGUAUAGGUUUUUGAAAUGUUUAUUGGAUGGCACCUAUUUAAAAACAUUGUGGCUAUAAAAUAGCUUUGCCUCUGUGUUAUUGUUAAAAUAAUAGAAAUAUAGUUUGAUGCUGAAUCUAGGAAGUCAUCUAAGUUUUUAACGCUUUGGGGGAUGCUUGUAAUUGAAGGUAGGUGGUAAAGAUGUUUUUUUGAAUGUGGAAGCAGGAAUAAUUACUGUGUCUCUGUCAGUAUUCUUGAAUUUGGGGUGUUACUUCAUGUGGGUACAAUUAAAUAACUUUUGUAUGCUUUGGUCCCCGGGUAGCCCAAGUAGUUUGCAGUUAGUUGCUAACCUAAAGAUUGGUGAUUCAGACCCACUCAGUGGUCCUGUGGAAGAAAGGGCGGGUGAUCUGCUUCUGUAAAGAUUGUAGCAAAGAAAACCCUGUGUAACACAGAGUCACCAUGAAUCAGGAUCAACUCAACGGCAGUGGGUUUUUUGGGUUACAAUUAGGUAGCUUACCUUUUGAAUGCUUUUUAUCUAGUUUUUAUUACGAGGAGUCAAUACCUUUCUCCUAGUCAUACGACACUGGUUUGUAAUCCAAAUUAUGCAGAUUUAAGUAGUCCUGGUUAUCAUAAUCAAACCUUUGAACAGAGCUUAUUUCUUAGAAUGUCUGUUUUCUUGAGAACGGGAACACAUUUCCUCUAAGGAGAUACUACUAAUGGACAGUUAGUAUCAUCCUGUUAUUAGCUAUUAAGACAAGUUUCUGUCAUCACCACUCAAUAUCAACUCUGUUCUUUUAAGAAAAAACCUUUUGAUUGUUUCUCAAUCCAGUCUGAUUCUGAGGUGCUGUUACUCUUUUUAUCCCAGUGGACAUUUAGGUACAGAUUGAGCUUCUGUUCAUAUCUUUCUAACUGCAGCAUGAAACAUAUAACUAGCUCAUAGACCUCCGGGACCUGCUUUCCCUUUCUAAGGCCAAGAAUAGCGAUAGAGCCCUAGCUAUGGUGGGAUCGAGGGCAGCUUCUUUUACCUUCUUAUCUUGUCAUAUAACAGGAAUAACGUUUAUGGUGCUGUAGUCCUGGCUUCACUUGGCAUUUAACCAACCUCCAAAGCUGUUUAUUGCGUUGUAUCCUCUGCCUUCGUGAACAUUAUCCCUUAAAUCUCUAUUGCUUGUAAUAUAUGAGGCAACAAAUAGGUUCUAUGAUUGGUUAAAUGCUGGCAUGCUGCAAAGGUAUAUGUUUUAUUGCCUAUAUAACACAGAUCUACAGAGCUUAUUCCUGUUAUCCCAACCCUCCCAUUAUACAGGCCAUACUCGUGCUAUGGGACUCAGGAUCUUUAAUUCUGUCUCUUUGGCAAGGUUUCCUAUUACCUGGCCUGAUCACAAAAGAAAAACAAGGAAGAAUGAGUUGGUGAUGAUUGCUUUAUGUUAGGGGAGCAUCUUGAAUUGGAGAAUAACAAGGGGAAGAAAUGGCUCUGGUAGGUAAAUGCCAUUUGUGGUGGUAUAUCCUGUGUUUACAUCCUUCGACAGGUGAGGGCAAUUUCAGACAGACAAAUAAGCCUUUCUAACUCACCCCUGCCAAGAGUUAAAAAAAAUUCAAAUUUAAUAAUUCAUAUUUCAUUCAAUAAUUCAUCCAGUUCCCAUCUGGUAACAGUGUCUGCAUGCUGUCAGGCAGCAGAAAGUACAGUGCAUUUUACACAAUUAGGACAAAUGCUAACCUUAUUUUUUAUCAUAAUAUGUUGAUUUUGCAGUAACAUUCAGUUCACUCUGAGUAUGCUGCAGUUUUAUGUAACUGUUCUGUGAUGGAAACAGACAGCUGUUUUGUAACAUAUAGACAAAAUUGGAACUGGGAUUAAAAAAAAUGUGAGAACAGGGAAUUAAACCCAAAUUUUUAAACACGUAAUCUGACUCUCUUGACACUUGCCCUUUGAAAUAUGUAGUUGGUUAUUUUGGUUUUUCAUAUUUAUUAUUAUGUUACCAAUAAUAUAGUAGAUUAAAAGCAUCCUUGCUCCAGUGGACAAAAAACAAAACCAAAUCGGAGUUAUAGUUAUACCCAGGAAAUUAAGGUGAACUUUUUCAGUUACUCACUAUUGUUUUCCUUGGGUACAACUAAAUAUUUGGAAUGAAGGCCCAGCAACUGUUCUCAGAGCACUUCUGGUGGGGGGAAAAGUAUCCCGCAUCUGUAUUCCAGUUCUUCUUAAAUCAGGAGAGGGGCUCUUUCUUAAUCCCUUCUUUUAUGAACUGCUGAGUUUAUAAAGUGCCUUCUGGAUCUGAGAACCUGCCCUUCAUUAAUCCCUGUUUUUCGUACAGUUGCAAAACCGCAUUAUCAGCUAGGUUGUUGACUUACAAGAUGCUGUCAUCAUUAGAUAGAAUUUUUCGUUGUUUGAGCAAAUAAUCCUCUAGCUAAUGUGAUGGAUUAAAAAACAGCCAAUGUGCUCCCUUUCUCUGGUUAACGUGUUUCUUUAAUGCAGGUUGAGUUGCUCAGCAGUCACAGUUUGUCUGAAGCCCUUGUUGGGGCUUACUGUGUAUGUGGAUUCAUAACACAUCUGUGUGUACAUCUACAGUGCUGUAUAAAUAAUAAUAAGUAAUCACCAGAUGGCCUAUAACUGCUCCUCUGGACCUGCUGGGUCUCUUGAAGCUGUUAGUAAAGUCUUCUGGCGUUUUGCUGGGGAAAACUUGUCAUAGAUUUAUUUCUAAAAAAAUUCAAACUCACAACUGGGUGUUUAGAACUAGAUAUUGCUGUCUGUGUUGUAAAUAUUUAACAGGCUUUGUACAAUGACAAGUAAAAGCGCCAUUACUAACCACACACAGUGGCUGUGGAGCUCUUCUUCCCUCACGGCCAUUUAGAAAGGAAAAGAAAUGCCGAUAAAUUGUGUGUCGUGAACAAGGUGCAGGAGAUGCUCUGUGAAGCUCUUUCUAAGAAGAAAGAAAACGUCACCAUUCUGCUCAAAAGACUGUAACUGGGCAAACUUAAGCUUUUUAACCAGUGACUUAAAAAAAAAAACCCAGGCCCCUUUUAAAUUGGAUUUUGUGUUACAAGAAAAGCUCCUUCAGCUGGAGUCUAGCCAGAGCUGGGUUUUGAUCCUAAGUGAGUCUUUAUAACCAAUGAUAUACCCUUUGAAAGGGUUACAGUCGCAAGUGUUAGUAGACACUUAGCUAAAUUUCAGGCUUUUGGUUAUGUUUAAAAAUUUGAGAAUCACAAUAUUAUGUGCAAAACAAAACAUCUUUUAUUUUUUGUCCUCUUGCCAUUAAUUUUCACGGAAAAUGUUGUAUACUUUGGGGAACAAAAUCACCACCAUCUUCUGGUUUUAUGCUUAGGAUUUUCUGUGCUGUGUUUUGCUGUUACUGUUGCUCUCGCUUCAGUACCUGUUCCAGGGCCCCCCUUUGCUCAGGAUGGCAAUUCGUGUUUUAAAAAUCAAAAUAGAACUGCUUACCUCUGAAUUUUACUGGGGUUUUUGUUUGCUUUGUUUAUCAUAUCAAAAAAAAAAAAACAACCCACUGCCAUUGAGUUGAUUCCAACUCAUAGUGACCCCACAGGGUUUCCAAAACUCUAAAUCUUUAUGGAAGCGGACUGCCACAUCUUUCUCUCGCAGAUCUGCUAGUGGUUUUGAACUGCUGACCUUUUGGUUAGCAGUCUAGCGCUUUAACCACUGCGCCACCAGGGCCAAAAAUGUUUUAAACAGAAAUCGAGUAUCUUAACUCUCGAGCCUAGUUUUCUUUUUUCUGUUGAAAGUUGAAUCUAUUUAACCUCAGAGGGACUGUCCUUUAAAUUAUAGCACAAUGAGUGUUACUUUUGAGUUAGAAUGUAUAGAAAGCUUUUAUCUUUCAAAAUCUCAUCUUGAAGAAAUGGCAUACACAUUGUGAUGGAUAAAAGCUAUUAAUAGUUUAUUGUAGAGAGAUUUUACAUUUUAAAUUUUCUCUCACAAAAUUACCAUAUCACAGAUAGGAUUUCAAGAAGGAAGACAUUUGGGGGCAUCGUAGAGAAAAGAUGAAAGCUUUGGGGUUUAUCUCUUUGUUAACAACACCUUUGUUUUUUCUGAGAAAUUUCUUUGUGCAGUGAAAUACACUACGUAAGAUUGCGCUUUGGUAAGAAUCUGGACUGUUUGCAAUUGUCAUGUGAAAGCACAGAGAGAAUGAGAAUGAAUUUUGUGAAAUUAGCCCAUUCCCAGUCUGGCACACCAUGUGCACUGUGUGGCUGCUGAUUCUCCUGGCAGAUUGAAGAGCUGAAUCAACUUCUGCUCUGAAGACUGAAAUUGCCAGCCAUCAUUCCAGCUUUUAAAUCUUGUUGUUCACAUAGAUGAUGUCAUAUUUUGAGCAAACAUAGCUGUGUCUUUAGAUCCCAGGUGGAAUUUGCAAUUCCCUGGAUUGGAAGGAAAGAGUUCUUCCUUUUUGCCUUUGAAAAACCUGAGUGUCUUUAGAGAAAGUCAGUGGAAUAUAUCUGCAGCCUUGCAGUGUCCUUUGAGUCAUUGUAGAAAACUGAGUGCUCUCUUUGGCAUUCAGCAGAUUGGCUGUCAGAGUUGCAGCUCUGCUUAUCAAAGACAUGGCCUCUCAAAGAGCCAUUUAUGUUAUUCCAGAGAGAAUCAUCCUAUAACAGAAGGAACUUUCUCCUCCCAGGGGUCAGAUCUUCCUUUCUCCUCCCAGGGGUCAGAUUUCUUUUGAUACUGGGCAAUUAUCACUUGAUUUUCCUGAAAAAUAGCUCAAUCCACCAUAAAGGUUAGCAGGAGCACAGGUUGCAGACUUGGUUACAAUGACAAGCUCUGAUUCCUUAGCCACAGGGAAAGGGUGACACUUGUAGUAUGCCAGAGGCUUAAUGGUGGUGAUUUUUCUGCUGAGUAUCUUGGCUUCCCUUCUGUUUCUCUGAGGGAGAUAACAUUUGCUUUAGUUUUUUGCAUACCAGUCACUAUGAAAUACCAUUGUAAGAGUGUCUUUCUCUCCUUCUUCACUUUCUCAAACCUCUUUGUCUUUAGUUACUUUCCUCUCCAAACUGAGCUCAACCCUUCCAGUCUAAUUUUUUACAUCUCACCUUUCUCUUGUACAGCUUAUGUUGUCUCUUAUUAGCCAUUGUACUUUGUGGGGAUUACUAACCAGCAUUUCCUCUUAAUUUUUUAAAAUUGUAAGCAGAUAACUGUGUGAUUGGGAAUAGUUGGAGCAAAGGGGAGAGAAAAUUGGACAUGAGAAGCCACAAAUCCAAAGUCCCUCUAAGACUCCAAGAAUUUAUCCAAAGAGACUUAGAUGGCCAGCAUUUCUUCUCUACCAGGAGUGUCCCUGAGGCUAUAGGAAUUGGCUUGCAUAGCAAUAGUUUUGAUGGCUCUGGGUAUUAAUUGCUCCUUGGAAGCCUGAUGGGCCCAUUCUACUCUGUCCCUUAGGGUUGCUAAGAGCCAGAAUUGACUCGGCAGCAACAUGUGUGUGUAGGUAUUAGGAGCAAGCACACGAUGAACACUGAAUGAGCUCUAUCUUGGGAAUCAAGGUAACAGGGCUGGGCAAAGCAAAAGGAAGUAGAGCCCACAACCCUUUUUUCUUUGAUGAGGUUGAGGACAAUAAAGGUCCCUUUUCUCCCUUCCUCUCAUGGCCAGCUUAUAUGUAACUGGAAAAAAAUCAGUGCAAUUUAAAGGCCAACAGGAAAAAGUCCCCAUCCAAAAAUAAAUCCCUGAACUUCUACAUUAGUUAAAAAUUUGUAUAAAUUAAUAAGGUCCUGGAAAAGUGUAGGUGCCAUCAUUCAUACUUUAGUAUGAGUUAAUUUAACCACAGAAGUAAUAUUGAAUACAUUAAGGAAUAAGAUGUUUUUAUUUGGAGUUAGGGGAUAGUAGAGACAGCUGGUUUAAGUGGGAUCAUCCCUGAGCAAAGGAGUUGUUGUUUUUUCUACUACAGACUAAUUAAGAAGUCUAAAUGUUAAGAAAGGCCCCCAAACACUGGAACCAACCUAAUUCUCUUUGAAGAAAAAGAGGGAAGCAUUUCUACCUUUAUCCACUGUAGAAAAUUUAGAUUGAUAAAAUGUGGGCAAAAGUGAAUGGCUUGGUUGCUUUAGCUCUAGGACUCAAUUAGCUGCUUAGGGUUCUAGCUCCCUGGCAUUGGGUAAGAUCUCUUUUUGUAGAAACAUUGUCUCUUUAGCCUCUAGAUUUGGUUACAUAUAAGAAUCUUCCCAUCUUGGCCUCAAUACUAAUGUCCUCACUUGUUGACUGACUGUGAUAAAAUGACCAUUAGCCUACUGUCAUGGAUUGAAUUGUGUCCCGAAAAAUUGUCCAUCAGCGUGGCUAGAUCAUGAUUCCCAGUAUUGUAUGAUUGUUGACCAUUUUGUUAUCUGAUAUGAUUUCCCUAUGUGUUGUAAAUCCUAUCACUAUGUUGUAAUAAGAUGGAUUAGUGGCAAUUAUAUUGAUGAGAUCUACAAGAUUAGGGUCUUAAGCCAAUCUCUUUUGAGAUAUAAAAGACAGAAGUGAGCAGAGAGACAUGGGAACCUCAUACCAUCAAGAAAGCAGUGCCAGGGGAAUGUGUCCUUUGGACCUGAGGUUCCUGUGCAGAGAAGCUCCUAGGCCAAGGGAAGAUUGAAGACAGGUACCUUCUUCCAGAGCCAACAGAGAAAGCCUUCCCCUGGAGCUGAUGCCCUGAAUUUGAACUUGUAGCCUACUAGACUGAGAAAAUUUCUCUUUGUUCAAGCCAUCUGCUUGUGGUAUUUCUGUUAUAGCAGCACUAGAUAACUAAGGCACUACGGAAGGUUUUGUAGCAUGAUUAGUAUCGAUUAGCUCAGACCAGCAGGUCAUGUAUGUGUACAUGAAUAUACAACUUAGGAAAUGGUGUUUAUAUAGCAUGCAGAAAAAUUAUCUUUCCACCCAGAGAGCAUAUGAGGGAAUAGGAGAGAACACAAUACAAAGAAAAUUGUUUAACUUUAUCAAUGUAAUAAUAACAGUAACAAUAGCUGAGCUCUUAUCAUGUACUGUUCAAAAGUGCUUUAUAGGUAUUAUUUUAUUUAAUCCUAGCAACCUUCUAAAGUGGGAUUUAGUAUUAUCCCCAUUUUAGAGAUGAGGAAAGUAAAGCUUAGAGAGGUUCAAUAACUAGUAUAUGGCCAGAUAGUAUUUUGUAGUGGAGGUACAGCACAAACCCAGACAGUUAGACCUCAGAAACAGCAGUCUUAACUACUAGGCUAAACUUCCUUGUUCCUUUCCAUACACAAGUAAAUAUGUACACCUAGCAUAGAAAAUAAUGAAUAGUGAUUUGUUUGGUGAAUGGUCCAAAUUCAAUCAGUCAAGUAAGUCCUAUCUGUGGUUUGUCACUGCCCUGGGCACCUGGCUGCCUUACCAGAGAGCUGGAUCUACAACUGAGCUCUGCCUAUCCCAAAAAAAGAUAAGAAUUCUUUCACUUCAUUUCACUAAAACGAAGAGACCCCUCUGGAACUGCCUCAGCCGUAAUUUACAGUGUUUUUUAUCUGCCCGGAAAUGCUCCUGAGAUGUGACUAACUUUCUCUGACGUAAACAACCACCAUUUUGGAGCAAGAACGUGAUUUUAAGAGGGGAAAGAAAAUUAAUUCUGGACCAAUUAGAAAUUAGAACUAGAAAACUGGGAACUAGAAAUUAUGGUUUCAGUCCUUCAGUAAUAGGCCCAAAGAAGCAAUGUGGUGUCAUCUUUGUGAAUUCUAAACUCUGUCGCUUCCUGAUUCAUAUUCACUUCUUCCUCGCCUUACUUUUAUGCCUGUAAGUUCCCCAGAUGGAAAAGAUGGUAUCUGGGUAUUUUCCUUUGUGUAGUACCAGGCACUAGUGGGACUUAUGGUCUAGUGACUGCCAUAUUGAUUGAUAAGAAGAAGAAAUACGAUUAAGGUGGAAUUAGGAUGUGAUUAGAAGUAUUGUAAACAGUAGUGAGAUGUGUGAUCUGCCCAGUGAUUGCUAACUCAUUUAUUCUCUGAAGCUUUUGACAUGAUUGUAUGAAAAUUCUUCUCAAUUCAGGUCUCACAUCCCCUCCUUUAACUAGCUUGAUAGCACUACCAUACAUACCACAUAUCUGUUCUUUCCUUUUCUCUUACCAACUGUGUUGUGUUAAUGGACAUUUCUCUUAUGAUUGGAAGUGAAACUAUAUGGCCAAGUAGAUACAUGGGAAUAUUUAUGUGAACUAAUAUAAAUGAUAAAAAAAUGUGGAGAUACACAUAAAGGAUCAAAAGGGUUAAGAGAGUCUUGUAGUUGAUAUUUAUAGUAAAGGGAUUCUUUGUUUUGUCUGAAUGUCUUUAUCUUUCGCUGGGAAGCUUCUUAAAAUAUACAUUUUACUUCUUGAUUCUGACAAUGAUUCAUUGUGUAACUGUGGGCUCUGUGAAAUGCACUCUGAUUCCAACUGCCAGAGAUACCUGACUGGAGCCUUGUCUUUUCUACCUCAAACCGUCCAGUCAAGUUCUUGGCUUCAGAGCUGAAAAUGCCUCCUUGGCCAUGGUCCCAAACUACCAAAAUGAUCGCUUUACAUGUCCAAAGGUCUCACUUGUUUAAGUUGCUGGGUACCUCUAACAAGCCAUUUACUUGUGUGUCUGUGCACACUGUGUGUUUGUCUAUCUCAUUGUUUGUUCAGGAGGGGUAAACAUAUCAACCUGUCCCUGCUGUCAUUGCCAGGAGUUUUCUUUAAAACUAAAUGCAAAGAAAAGAUGAUUCCAGGCAACAACCAAUAGAACAGAGACUACAAGCUUGGCUCCUAAGAGAUUAUCAGACAGGCAGUGACAGCGUAAUAGGAGGGAUGGUGAUUUUUUUUUUUUAAGCCUAUACUGUUAAUACUAAGCCUCAGUUACCUUCUUUCCCUAUCUCUGUUUUUGGGCUUUCUACCUCUCUCUCUCAUCCCCACCCCCGCAAGGAAAAAAGAUAUCUUUCAUUGGUGUAGUUAUUUGAAUCAAGUGAAAAAAGGUACUGUUGAAAUAAUUUGAAAGAUCUCAAUCGUGUUAUCUACAUGGAGUUAGCUGUAUAAUACUACAGUGGCCAAACAGUACGUAGACAUCUGUUGCUUCAAUGAGCAUCAUUUUUUUUACAUAGAGGCAACCUGUGCGCAUUAAUUUUUUCACUGUAUUUAUUAUGUUCAUAACUUCAGGCGUUUGUCAUUUUACUUCAGUUUCAGGUAUUUCUUAGAACUAAGGAAGAGACUGUAGUCCUCUUAGACUAUAUUGAGAGGGGACGAUGAAAGCAGUUAUCUUAGUCUAGAUGUCUGUUUUAUAAAGCACUAUAUGAGACUCAACACUUUAGCUAUUCCCUCUUCAGCCUUUUCUUCUCUUCUAAGUUCUACUUAGGUAAUUGUAAUAGUAAAAAAGGAAGACUUUAUUUCAGCAUUCUUUCACUUUAUACGUAUUUGAAACUGCAGUUGGACAAGCCCUAACUGAGUCUUGUAUUUUCAGUUAUGCACAUUUGACUACCCAGAAGAGAGAGAGUUGUGUGCACAUACCAGCAGCUCUUGGCAGAGCAGUGGUUAAAGGUUUGAACAUAUUUGUACCUUGCUGGCUAUUCCCUUAGUCCUCAGGGAGACAUUUUGCUCCUCUGUAGACAGUAAUCAGCUUGUCAGAGUGGAAUGGCUUUUUGUUUUUUCUUUAUCUAGUAAAAUACAGUGGGCUAAGCCUUUCUGGGAAGCAAUUUCUUCCUCCACUGCAUGAACAGAAGGUCGAGGAUGCUGUCUCUGAAACAAAGGGGAGGUGGUGAUAGAAAAAUCAGUGGCUAGGGCGUAAUUGAAUUGGAGCGCUGUCAAGGAGACAACAAUUCUUGCUUAGAAGCUGGACAUUCUGCUAUGCUUUGCUUUUCUGUCUUAACAUUAGAAUAAUAAGCAAUGAAUACUUAAGGCUUAAUUUUUUACAUAGUAUAAGCACUAUUCACUGGCUCUUUUAUGAGCGUUGUAUGAUAAUAAACAUGCAACAAGCUAUUCACUUUUACUUAGUGGCUUUUAAUCUUUUUGGUUCGUGAGCCAAAGUAAGAAAUAUAUUUUACAUUACAACUUAAAACAUGUUUGCUUAAUAAAAAUUAGAGAGUCACAUAACAGUAUUCACCUGUACCUAAGGUUUUUUUGGAAUGUGAUGCACUCUGAUUUUUUAUUUCACUCUGGUUUUUGUUUUUAAAUACUGAUUAAACCAAACCAGUUGAGGUCGAAUUGAUUCUGACUCAUAGCAACUCUAUACUGUUUACAAACCACUAAAUUGAUUUCACCACCCAUUAAUAGAGCAUGUCCCACAGUUUGAAAAACCCUGUCUUAGCCUUUAUCAGGAUAUCAUUAAGAAAAGCAGAAUUAUCCAAUGUAGGCUUUCCUGGCCCCCUUCCUAUCUACUUUAUAACUUAAAAAAGAAGCUCCUCAAGUUUUCUGGUCAUGCCACUAAUUUGUGCAUGAAUAAGUUGUGGGUCUUAAUGCCCUUAAAAAAACAGUUGCCGUCUAGUGGGUUGCAACCCAUGAUGACCCCAUGUGUCAGAGUAAAACUGUGUUCCAUAGGGUUUUCAAUGGCUGAUUUUUUGGGAAGUAGAUUGCCAGGCCUUUCUUCUGAGGUGCUUCUAGGUGGCCUCAGCUCUCCAGCCUUUCAGUUAGAGCCAAGCACGUUAACUGUUCGCACCACCCAGAAACUCCCUUAAUGCCCUUAAAACAAAAAAACCCAUUGCUGUCAAGCCAAUUCCAACUCAUAGUGACCCCAUGUGUUACAGAGUAGAACUACUCCAUAGCAUUUUCUUGACUGUAAUCUUUACGAAGGCAGAUGUCCAGGCCUUUCUUCAGUGGCACUGGUGGGUGGGUUUGAACCACUGACCUUCUGGUUAAUAGUCAAGCACAAGCCAUUUACACCACCUGGGCACCUUUGAUGCUCUUAGUCUCCUUGAAUCGUAAGGAGAGUUUCAAGUAAGAUGAGCUGAUGGUUCCCGCUGUUUCGGCAAGAUGCAUCCUAUCUCCAUUAUUUCCUCUGACUCCCCCAAAAACUUCAAAGCACAAGGAAGCAAGUUUGUUUGCUAGCUGUCAUAUAGAGCAACCAGCAGUAUCUCAUUGAACUUACCCUAGAGAAUUAAUGUUCUCUCUUAAUCCAUUUUUGAGCUAGAUCCCUGAAGGUGUAUAGACUUGAUUAAAGUUCUGAUUAGGGCUUUAUUUGCCUUCAGAGCAAGUCCCAGUGGGAGAGAAAGAAUCUUAUGGUUCAUUUAACAGAUUUUUUUCAAUGUUGCUUGUAUACUGGGCACAGUGGUAGCAUCUAUGAAUGUAACAUUAAGUAACAGACACGGUCCCUAUCUUCAAGGCACUUAUCACCUCCUGCAGUUAACCUCAACUUUCUAUAAUGAGCAGAUCACCUUACUUUUAAUAGUUCUCUAUCCUACAAACAGUGAAAAGAUUAAUGUGGUUUAUGAUUUUCUAUCUCUUCUCAGCAGUCUCCUUCCUCAGCCUACUGAGCCUAAAUGCAGAAUGUCUUGUUUCUUUCUGCAAAACUGUAACCCUCUCUUACAGUCAUAGAAACUCCCACUUAGCAUGAACCCCUCUGAUUACUACUGUAUGCUUAUAGCUUCCACUGUGCUAAAACAUCUGACAUGUUUUACUUUUGAAAAUCAAAUGUUUGGUGGUAAGGGAGUCAGGAGAAAAGGGUCCAAUAAAGGCCUAAGAAGUGUACCUCAGAUGUGAACUGAGAGGUCUGUUUGAGUACUUAAACAGUUCUGUGAGUGCAUUCUCAGUUAUGAUGAGUCUACUCAGUGCCUCCUGGGCUCACCCCCAGUAUUGUAACUUAGUCUACCUACCGCACAAAAGUAGUAUUCAGAGAAAAAAGUAAAUUUCUUUAAGUGGAAUGUCAUCACAUUAGAAAAUUCAGAUGAUAAAGGACUACAUACAUGGAUCAUUGUUGUUGUGUGCGUUGAGUCGAUUCUAACUCAUAGCAAACCUCCAGGACAGAGUAGAACUGCCCUAUAGGGUUUCCGAGACCGUAAUCUUUACAGAACAGACUGCCACAUCUUUCUCCCUUGGAGCAGCUGGUCAGUUUGAACCACCAAACUUUUGGUUAGCAACCAAGUGCUUAACCACAGCUCCACCAGGGCUUCUCAUCCAUACAUGGAUAGAGAGUGGGAAUACAGAGGGCGGUCAGCAACACACCAGAUAUCCUGGAGUUCAAAAUCGUAUUAAAUAAAGCGUUCCUUAAAAUAGAAGCAACCUGGAGGUAGCCAUAACCCUAUGUGACUCUCAGUUAAUUCAGAAUAUCUGGUUUUUGGUGGGAGAAGUAAAGUUGGUGGGUAGGAGGGUUCUUUUCUCAAAUUUUUAUUUGUGAGAUCAUUGAGAAAUGAUAAGUGCUGAUAUCUGGUUUCUGUUAAGUGAUGUUUAUUUCCAGGCAGACAGGUGAGGGUUUAUGGUUGUGGAUAUAAUUGUUUCGAAUUUAUGUCACUUACUAAUCAAAGGGUUGGUAGUUAGAACCCACCCAGUGGUGCCACAAAAAAAGGCUUGGUCAAUGCCUCAGACAGGGAUUGGACUGGACUUAUGGGAUAGAAAAUGUUGCUGGUGAGAAGUGAGCUUCUUGGCUCAAGUAGACACAUGAGACUAUGUGUCUGGAGGGGAGAUAAGGAGGCAGAGGGGGACAGAAGCUGGCUGAAUGCACACAGAAAUACAGGAUGGAGAGAAGGAGUGUGCUGUCUCAUUAGGGGGAGAGCAACCAAGAGUAUAUAGCAAGGUGUAUAUAAAUUUUUAUAUCAGAGACUGACUUGAUUUGUAAACUUUCACUUGAAGCGCAAUAAAAAUAAUAAAAGGCUUGGUGAUCUGCUUCUGUAAAGAUUAUAGCCAAAAACCCCUGUGGAGCUCAGUUCUCGUGUAACACAUGGGUUCACUCUAAGUCAGAAUCGACUCUAUGGCAGUGGGUUUGGUUUUUUGCCUUUUUUUUUUUUUUGGUAUUGAUGGAAACGGUUAACAUGGCUGGCUGCUAACUGAAAGGUAGGUGAUUCGAGUCUACCCAGAGGUGCUUCAGAAGAAAGGCCUGGAGAUCUACUUCUGAAAAAUCAGCCAUUGAAAACCCUGUGGAGCACAGUUCUUGAUGGCCGCUGGUAUUGGUAGAUUAUGAGAAGAUUGUAUACGUAUUAAUUUCCUGUGGCUGCUGCAACAAAUGACUACAAACUGGGUGGCUUAAAACAACAGAAAUUUAUUCUUUCACAGUUUUGGAGUCCAGCCGUCCAAAAUCAGGGUAUCAGCAAGUCCUCACUCCCUCUGGAGGCUCUAAGGGAGAAUCCUGUCCUUGGUUCUUCCAACUUCUGGUGGCUGCCAGCAUUUCUUGCCACAUAUCUCUGCUUCCAUAUUCACAUUGCCUUCUGCUCUCUCUGUGUGUGUCUAAUCUCCCUCUGCCUGUUUUGUGAAGACACUUGUGGUGGCAUUUAGGGCCCACCUGGGUAAUCUAGGAUAAUCUCCUCAUGGAAGGAUCCUUAACUUAAUCAUAUCUGCAAAGACUUUACCAUGUAAGAUAAUAGUCACAGGUACCAGGGAUUAGGAUGUGGACAUAUCUUUGGUAGCCUACCACCUUAUCAGUCUACCACACCAUAGUUGAAAUCUGCAUUUCAGUUCAUUACAGUGAAUUGUUACCUAGAGGUGAGGACUAGGACUUCCAAAGGCUUAGUUCCCUCACUGGCACCCAUCAGUAUGCUUAGUGAUCUUUGUGUUUGUCUUUUCUUUCCUCUCUUCCGCUAACAGAUGAGAAUGUUAUAAUGAAGGUUAAUGGGAUCCCAUUAGCACUUCCUGGUUUGCCUACAAUGUGACAUAAUAGGGUGGGAGAUCCUAUGUAAUUGGAACAAGUUGUUAUCAUUUUAGAGCCAGGUCAAAAAUUGAAUAUGGAUUUUUUACAAACAUCUCUCAAUGAGAGACUUAGUGUACACAAAGGAUCCCUUGUAAGAAUAAAAUCAAAGGCAUUUCCUUUGUGUGUUCUGCCAGAUAUCUCCAACCUUGAAGAAGCCUGGGGACAAAUUUCCGGAAAUUAGCCCAUGAAUAUUUUCCUCAAUUCAGUCAGACCUUCGUUAGCCUUUAUAGGUUCAAUUCAGUAAAAAGAUUUGAGCAUCUACAAUGUGCCAGACACCAUGCUAGAUACUAGUGACAGAUACAUAAAACCUCAAAGUAUUCACAGUCUGAUAGGGGAGUCAGACACAUAAAAAUAUGAUUACAUUGUUAAAUGGUCAGUGUAAUAGUAUAAGUAUUUGCAAGUACUGCGAGGUCUGGUAGACAUCAGGGAAGGCUUCAUGGAGGAAAUGAUGCUUUAACAGGUUUUGAAAGAUAAAUAGAAGUUCGCCAGACAGAGAAGAUGGAGAUGAACAUUCCAGACAUAAGAGAACAGCAGAUAUAAAAGAAUGAAACAACACGUUGUGUUCAGAGAAACUGCAAGUAGUUUGAUAUUGACGGAGUGAGAAUUAUGAUGGAGAGCAACAGUAGAUGAGGCUACAAUUAGCAGGUGCAGUUUCCUCAGUUGGUGAUGUUGCUGCUGUGUUGAAUAGUUAUCAGAGCCCAGAAGUGUGUGGAUAAGUGCUACUGUUGGGCAGUGUAGGUUCCAUUCUUUUUCUUUGCUUGCCUGCCUGCCUUUAAUGUAGACCUCUAUUCAGGGGCCAACAUUCUAAAAAAUCUUUCUUAUGGCUAAAAAGCUAAUAUCCAAAAUCAAAGUUCCUCAUUUACCUAGUUUUAUUAAUAUAAAGGUAGCUGCGCAAAACUUUCCAGGGUAGACACAAAGAUAAUCAGCUGAAUAUGUCAACAAGUUAGGAUAAGAAUUUUUUCUGCAUUUAAAAUAGUGAUUAGACAUUAUCAGAGCACCCCACCAGCUUCUGGUUUAUUUAGGAGAUCCGUGAAACCAUCUGAGCCUUUGUCCUUGCCUAUUUCUUUACCAGCCCACAACUUCUUCUGUGGUUGCUAAGUCUCUGGGCACUUAAUCCUUUGAUAGCUUGUUUAAAAUAAAAGCUUAGUUGCUGCAUUUUGGAAUUUUUUAAGUGUGUGUAUGUGUGUGUGUGUGAUUGUAAACUUGUCCCAGUCAUCUAAGCUGAGAGGCUGAGAUCUCUGUCUCUUAUCCAGCUUUAUAUUUUCUUUUGGCUUGACUGUUACAGUGCUAAAUUAUAUAAGUUCUUGAAGGGCAGGUUUUAGUUAUUGUAGGCUCUGUAACAUGACUCAUAUAUGCUGUGCUCAGCUCACUGUAAGCAUUCAAAAACUCCUGUAUUAUCAAGAAGUGUUUCCAGUAUUAUUUUUCCACAAUGAAAUUUUCAGCAGUCCAAGCCAAAACAUAGUGUAGUAAAUUUACCUAAUUUUGAUGAUUACGGUUCACACUGUAAAAACUGUCUUUGUCCCUUCCACCCAUUGUGAGAUCCAGGGAUUGCAACAUCUACUGUGUAGCAAAUUAGAAGAUAAAAGUGCUUGAUGUGUUUUUCAAGAACUCUGUACCUCAUAACAUACAAUAAAAAUUUGGGAAGAAAGAUGAGACUGAAAAAUGUAAAUGUGUAAUGUCAACAAGAAUGAAAUAGGGCCAAGUAAUAAUUAUUUUGGCCAAAAAAGAAGCUUUCCUUGCUUUGUUAAGAACCAGAGUUAUCCCUUUGGGGACUUUAAUGGUACCCCAACUAAGUGGCUGCAUCUGGAAAAUAGAAUACUAAAAGGUCUACUACCAUUAGGCAAGAGCUGUGGAGAAAGCAAUUAGCCAUGUAAUUGACACAGGACCAGGCCUCACUGAAUUGCAGCUGGGAUUUCUCUGCUCCUGGGCACUGGUCCUUUAAAGUUUGUUGAGCAUCUAAAUCCAUCCAUGUAAGUAGUCAUCAUCUAAGGAAAGAUAAUGGAUCUGUCCUUGUUAAUUCUUAAGCAUAGUUCCCAAGAGUGCCCUGGAGUUUAAUAAAGAGCUAGAUAUUAGACAUUGGGAGAGAAGGAUAGGCAGGAAUAAGAAGAGAUGUGGCUCCAACUUAAAACUCCCUACUUUAGUAAAGAAUGAUCUUUAAUUGCCACAAUUUCAAGAGCAGCAUCCUAAGAUGCCUUUCUCUUACCAUUUUUUCCUUCCCAAAAAGCCCAAACAGUGCUAUAGCUAUUGUCUCCAAGGAAACCUGGGACAAUAGGUGACUAUGAGGUAGAGUAAUUUAUUUCGUAUACUAUGUAAAAGUGAAAAUGGGAUUUUACAUUAAGGUUCAACUGAUAAAUGUUCACAAAGAUGUAGAAUAACAUACUUUCUUGCAUAUUCCAUCUCCAAGUUGCUCAGUUUAGAAAAGAGGUAGAGAUAGAAAAUGAGGAAGAAUCUGUACAUUUCUGAAAAUCAUCAUGUAUUACGAAUGGUUUCAGUUGCAAGUACUUGACUGACAGUAGCUCAAAACUAUACGAACACUUGCAACACAAGAAAUCCAGAAUUAGGGCUGUUCCAGUAGCCAGGUAAGAUAAUCAAGGACCUAGAUUCUUUAUACCUCUCUGCUCCACCAUUUUUAGCUUUUACUCCUUGUUUGUUGCCUCACUGUCACAAGAUGAGGAAGGAGAAGGAGUAGCACCAGGAACUCUCCUUUUUUAGCUCCCCGUUUUCGACGGCACUGGGUUUGGUUUGUUUUUGGUUUUUAUAAUGAAACAAAAGCUUUCGCAGAAGUACCGCCCUCCGCCUCAUCCCCAGUAUUUGCCGGAACUGUGUGACAGGUUUAAUCCUAGCCACAUAGGAGCCUGGGAAAGUAUCUGGCUUUGUAGCCUUUAUAGGGAUAGGCAGGCAAGGGAGAAGGGGGUUGCGAAUGGGGGUUGGGUUAGGAAACACAACCUGGUCCUCAAACCUAUUGCCUCUUCCCUUUCUCUGCUGUACUGCCCCUUUCCUAAGCAAUCCAGUUAUGUAAGACAUUGACUACAGUCUUUCGUGAAUCAGAGGCCUGAUAACCCAUACAGUUUUCUAGUUUUGAAGUCACCAGACACAGAAUUUAGUUUAUGGCCUUACUGAAAAAAGUCACAAGAGAAUACUAUUAGAAAGAGAGAGAGAAGAAAAAAAGAAUUAUAUUUACUGCUAUUUUGUAGUACUAGGGAAUCACAGCAGAAGUUGAGAUGACCAGGACUUUGGCUAAGUACAUUUAAACCUGCAGUAAGAUUAUAUCUCUUAACCCCAUCAAAUAAUAAGCAACAUUUUAAAUACAAAAUACUUAAGUUUUCCCAACCUAAACUGAUAAGAAAUUAUAUUUACCUCUGUCUUCCCUACACUACCCAAUACCUGUUAGAGUUUGGAGUUGGCCUAUAUGAUCUUUGGGGCUCAGUUUCCUUUCUGCUGUGAUUUAUUGAGCACCUUCAACUUACUUGGCAAAAGAUACCACACAUGGGGCUUAUGAUUUUUCACACUUGUCACGAACAGGAGGAGGGAACAAGGAACCAAAAUAGAAAUGAGUGAUGAUGUGUGGCUAAGUGCUUAAAACUUACGUUACUUAAAGGAAUAGUUGUCCCAUUGGUUUGUGUGGUCUAGAAUAAUGUAUUGUUAUCACAGGUCAUAAUGAUGAUGACCCUGCAAUUCAGUGUUAACUAUGGUUUUAAUGUUCUUUUUCUAUUUCCCCCUCACUGGUUUGUUGACUUGAUUGUAACAUAGCUUUUCCUAUGAUCAGACACUCCAUCUUAGAGGAAUCCAGCUUUUGAUACUGCCUAGGUCCUGUGGGAUGCUAAUAUUCUACCCAAUAAAAGGCAGGUCACUGGGAUCCUAAAAUAAAGUGCCCAAAAGAAUGUGGCCAAAAUUACUACUAGUGCUUUGUGGGGGAGAGAGAGGAGGUGAAAAAAGAAUGUAAAAAGUUGGUGUUUAUAAAUUGACAAUUUUUUCCACAAGACAUUUUAGUUUGUAAUAAAACAAAGUUCAGUGAUGGAAUCGGAAACCCUAGGAAAGUGAAUUGAUCCACAAAGACAUGGCACCAGUGUUCUUUCAUAUAACAGCAUUGUAACUCCAGCAUACUGAAAUUGUCUUCAGUGUCUUUCCUAUAAUAAAGGAAUCUGGUGUCAAACAAAAUGGGACAAGGAGGGGAUAUACUAAUUCUCACUAUUUGCAUAAUAAAAGUUACUUUGGAAAUAGCAAUGAAAACGCAUCAGAUCUUUCUGAAAAUGUGCUCUGUAACGUCUUGGAAUCCGGGGGUGAUAGUUUUUCAGUAGUUAUCCUUGUGUUGUUAUUAAGUUGUCUUGUGUCGUUGUGUUGUCAGUUGCAGUUAAGUGGAUGCCAACUCAUGACAACCUCAUGUGUGGUUUACAGUCUACUUUAAAAGAUAAAACUAUGAUACCAUAUAUAUUAAAAUUCUAAAUUAUAUGGUAUAAACUAUACAAGUACCAUAUAAGCUUAGGAAAGAUAGACCAGCGAAUAUUGGAGUCCUUAGGGAAGCCUGAAAAAAGCAAUUGGAUUUCAGCUGAGCUUUCAAAAAUGGUAGGAUUUGGAUAAACUAAAGAAAGAGAAAAGGUUUGUCAGGGAAUAGGGGAACAUAUGUAGAAGCACAAAGACGAAAAUAAGUAGACUUUGUAGGUAGUGUCAUGGAUUGAAUUGUGUCCCCAAAAGAUAUGUGGCAACCUGGUUAGGCCAUGAUUCCCAGUAUUGUGUAGUUGUCCUCCAUUUUGCAAUUUUCCUAUGUGUUAUAAAUUAUAAUCUCUGCCUGUAGUUAAAGAAGAUUAGGGUGGGAUUUAAUACCCUUGCUCAGAUCACAUCUCUGAUCCAGUUUAAACGGAGUUUCCGUGGGGUGUGGCCUGUACCGUCUUUUAUCUUACAUGAGAUAAAAUGAAAGGGAAGCAAGAAGAGAGUUGGGGACCUCAUACCACCAAGAAAGCAGUGCCAGGAGCAGAAUGUGUCUUUUGAACCCAGGGUAGCUGCGCAGAGAAGCUCCUAGGCCAGGGGAAGUUGGAUGACAAGGACCUUCCUCCAGAACCGACAGUGAGAGAAAGCCUUCCCCUGGAGCCAACGCUCUGAAUUUGGACUUGCAGGCUACUAGACUGUGAGAAAAUAAAUUUAUCUUUGUUAAAGCCAUCCACUUGUGGUAUUUCUGUUAUAGCAGUACUAGAUGACUAAGACAGGUAGAGAGAAUGACCUGGGUAGAAAAUGUUAGUGGAAAAAUAGGAGAAAAUGAAGUUUUAUAAAUAGGAGAGGACUAGAAAGGCCAUGCGUUUUGCAUUCCUUUAAAAUCUCCUUCAGGAAUGGUUCCAAACCUCCCAGAGUCAAGAAAUUCUUCCCAAUGAUUUAAAUCCCUUGCUACCGUUUUGUCCUUUUCCUGUUAUCUUAAUACUUGAAAUUCUAUUUCUUAUUCUGAGCUCCUCACAUUAGGGUAUUCUUGAUCCUGGCUGGGCUGAGCCUCUGGUUCCAUAGGAAGGAAUUGGGGUUUCAGAUACAGACUCUCUUUUGGAUAUGGAUGAUCAAAAUUCUCCCCCCAUUGUACACAUGGGCAAGAGUUUUCUAGGUUGGGCAUGCCUUGUAGCACUUUAGUGAAAUGUGCUAGUUGGCAUUUAUUCAACAAAUAUUUAUUAAGCACCUGCUAAGUGCAAGUCCUGUUCUAGGUACUUGGGAUACAUCCAUGAAUAAAUAGAUGAAAAGGACCCUUGCUCUUGGGGAGCUUAUACUGUAGUAAAAAUCUACUAUCCGACUAUUACUGUGCAUUAACGGCGUAUGUCUGGUAGUAACAAAUGCCAGGGUGCGAGGCAAGAGUAACACUGGCCGUGAUAGUUAAGGUCAUAUGUCAACUUGGCUGGGCCAUGAUUCUCAGUGGUUUGGCAGUUAUGUAAUGAUGUAGUCACCCUCCAUUUUGUGAUCUAAUGUGGUCAUCCUCCAUUUUCACUUAAUGCCGAUUUUUGUAUCACGACCUGGUCUUUGGAACCUAACCAUGUCAGUAAGUGAGGAGUUGGGUGUAUUUUAGCAGCAGCAUGGCUGCUAGACCAACUAUUAAAUUAUAUCUCUACUCUUAUCAUUCCUUUUAUUAUACAAUGGACUGAUUUUGUCACUUGCCAGACUCUCUAAGAUACUCAAACAGCCUUCCCAAAACAGAAAAUUCUUUAACCCGUAGACAGAUGAAUUUACCUUAUGUACAGUUUUUUACAGUUUGGUGGAUACACCCUAACCUCUUUAGUUUGUCCUCCUUCCUUCUCCUGACAACAUUUUCUUUUAGAGUAUUUUGGGAAGAAGUUUCCUGUUCUUAUUUUUCCUCUAUAAAUUACCUUGCUCACACAUGCAGCAUAUGAGCUGCUGCUGCUGUGGCUGUAUUUAUUUGCUGAACAAUCCCGUGCUUUGAAAUGAUUCAUUCAAGAGCCAUGAAGCAUUCAAAGCAGGAUGUGUGACUCAUUUAGUAAACAGAAGCAUCUUGAAGUAGAGAGCAGGAGCCUAGGAUUGACUGAGGUAGAAAUGAAAGUUAUGUUGACUUAGAGGUGUGUAUAUUCAGUCCCUUCUCUUCUCCCUUUCCCAACUUUCUCAAACAUAAAUGAUACCUUACAUUAGGAACAGAGGCACUGCAGUGAGGGUGAGAAGCCUUAUCAAGGCUAUUGUGAUCUCCCAGUUUCUUCUUUUAGAACAUGUGAUCAAUUGAAGUGAUUAAAUAGUGAUCAAAAAAGAUCAGUCAUUCGUUCCACUUACCUGCUUAGCACUGAUAUAUUCUAGAACUUGUUCCCCAUAGUUUCUCAGGUUUUCUAAGGCUUUUUCGUACUAUAUUCUUUCAUCAAAACAUGUCCAAGAGUAGAUACUGUAAUUAAAAAAAAAAAAGUUCUGUUCAUGAAACACUGCCAAACUCGGAAACUUUAGAGAAAGAGGCAGUUGGGUUUCAGCAUAAAUGAAUUUUCAGACUAUCACACAUGCAAACUCAAUUCCUUGUAUUGUUCCCUGAUAGUUAAGGUAUUCAGGGCUCAUUUCCUAAUAACUUAAGAGUUCUUAUUCGUCUCCUUCCCCCGGUCUCCUUUUCUAAAACAAGGAAAGGGAUGUGAAUUAAUCAUAGGUCAGGAUAUAAGAGCAUAUUUAAGUGUGAGGCAAAUCCACACAGAAACUGGAGCUGUGGUGGCCAAAAACAACAUUUCAGGAAUGAAUCUGGCUAUGAGUUGAGUGCAUAUUGCACAGAAAUUUCGUUGGUCAUAAUGCUUUUACCGAAGAUUUAACUUGAAACCAUUACCUUCCUAAUGCCCGUAUGCUUGUGCCUGGCUCAGACUCAAAAUGCACAAAUUUAGCUUUGUUUUGUCCUGAGCCAUCUUUUCAGUUCUGUUCUGCACAAUUUCAAAAAACUUAUGGGGGUUGGCAACCAGUGUCCCAAAACAAUAUGUGAUUGUUUAAUCGGAAACUAAUUUGCUCUGUAAACCUUCAUCUAAAGCACAAUUAAAAAAAGAAAAAAGGCUCACCAAAAAAAAAAACAAAAAUUUCUGAGGACUAGGCUUAAAGGGAUUAGGAAGAAAACUACCUCUAACCAUUGACUUGUUCGGAAUUAUUCUGCAAAAACAAGCUACUCUUUUAUCAUCAAACUUGAGAUUGAUUUAAAAAGGGAAAGAGGAGAGAACUAGCUGAGUACCUGCUUCAUAUGAAGCACUAUAUUAAAUAUUUUGUAUAAUUAUUUUAUUUAAAAACUUAAAAAAAAAAAAAAAGGGAGAGAUAAGAGGAAUCAUUCUGUAGUGCCCCAAAAGUUUCAUAUCUUGAUCUGGGUGAUAGUUACACAGGCAUAUAUUUAUAUAAAAAUCCAUUGAACUGUAUAUACUUAAGAUUUGUGCAUUUUGAAUAUGUUAUACUUCAAUUUUUCAAAAUUAAAAAUCUUAAGACGUCAUUGAGAUGUAUUACUGAUUUACAGUUCUCCUCACCUUUAUUCCUCAGAUCAUCCCUGAUUCUUUCCUUAGCUCUCUUUCUUUAGUCAGUUUGCUAGGAAGUAGAAUUCCUGAUUCUCCUAUCAUGGAAGGAUGGGUGAGUGUGAAACUUCCGGGAAAUGGAAAGGCUUUUACCAAAAAUUUUCCGUAGAAAAUUGUUAAUAAGUAACUACUCUUUUCCUGCUCCUUCUGCAACUAAUAACAGUUUUCAGACUGACUUCCUCAUAGCUCUGACAUUCCAUUUCCUGCCUCUUAAUAUCUCUUAAACUAAGAAAAUCUCUGUUUUCAGUAUUUUUUUUCCCACCCUUGAGGAGAGAACAUCAGAAGUAGCCAAAAUUGUUUUGUUUUGUUUUUUACUAACAAGGCAGUUCAUAAGAAUUCCAUUUAUUUGAUCUGUUCCUCUCCCAAUUACAGUGCCUUCUGUCUGCAUCUUCCUGAUUUCCUUAUCCUGGGUAUUUGCGGAUCUGUAGCACAUCAGCCAUUUUAUAAAAUGAGAUUGGAGUUUUCUGCCUGUACUUUUCUUCCUUCCAAGUUUCAGUUCCAAAAACAUGUGUUGGCAGCUUGGCAAGGAAACUUAAAAAACAGCCCUUUUUCUUGUUUCUUUCUCUCCUCUUUCCCUGUUCCCUGUAGCAGGUUUCUCAACAGGGACCCAAUUGGCAUUUUGAAAUGGAUAAUUCUUUGGGAGCGGUCCUGUCCAUCAUAGAACAUUUAUCAGCAUCCUAGACCUCUACUCUCUAGUACAGUUGUGAAACUCCCCACUCAGUUGUGAUAAGCAAAAAUGUCUCCAGACAUUGCCAACGUCCCCUAAGAGGCGUAGUUGUCCCUGGUUGAGAACCACUGCUGUAUAGUAUAAACUGCAUUUAGAGAAUGUGGGUUUGGAGGGAAGAAAAUUCAAGAUCGGCGUAUGAUUAAAAUCCCCAUGGAAUCUUUCAGCAUAUUAUCUAGAUCAGUGCUGUCCAAAAGAAAAUAAAAUGUAAACCACAAAUGAGACCUACAUGUGCAAUUUAAAAUUUUCUAGUAGCCACACUAAAAAGUAGAAGUAAAUAAGUGAAAUUAGUGUUAAUAACUUAUUUUAUUUAACUCAAUAUAUACAAAAUAUUAUCUUUUCAACAUAUAAUCAAUAUAAAAAAUUAAGGAGAUAUUUUACUUUUUUUUUCUACUAAGUCUUCAAAAUCCAGUGUAUGUUUUGACUUAGUCAUCUCAAAUUUCAAGUGCUCAGUGGCUGCCCUAAUGAGUAGUGUAGAUCUAUAUCAUUUUGGUCUCUAAAUGUGGUACAAAUUAGCAUGUAAUACCCCUUAUUUACUUUUUCUCUCCCCCAUUUAUGCCAAGAAACUGUCCUAGUUCAUUUACUUGAGCAAUUAAGACCAAACCUUUGUGUGUUACCACACAAAUCCUUUCCCAAAACAUAUAAACUGAUUCUUAUCCAGUAUGACUCAAAUUCUUCAACCCCUGUUUUCACUGAUACCAGUCUUCUGUUGCCUUGGAGGUGGUUAAUAUCUGGACAUUUAUUGAAAAUUACCGUUAUUUACUAUACAACCUGGGUGAGUAUUCCUUAAGUGAGUGGCUUUUUGCCAAAGCUUUAGUCAUAGAUAAGAACAAAAGAGGACCCAUUAAGGGUAUUAGUGAAUGGAGGAGCUAGAUUUUUAAAUAGGCAAUAAUUCAAAGAGGGAAUCCUUUGAAUGGGAAAUUCACCCAUUUUAAUUCAAUAACACAAUUACAUUUUUAAUAAGGUCAAAAUUGUUUAUGACUUAAUAAUUUUAGCUGUUUUAUUUGAGAAAUAGCUUUCAGAAGAAUGGUUUCCUAAGCAUGCAUUUCAAGACUGAUUGACAGAGAGGUGUAUUUUGAUGGGUUUCCUUUGUUCAGUGUUUAUCAUACGCGGUACUAAAUUAUAGUAAAGUCAUCAGGCAGUCUUCUUAGCAUCCUUCCGCAUCUUAUAAUAAACUUUUUGUUAAGAGAGUAAAAUAUAUAUUUUAUAAUUCUUAAGAGUUAAUCGUCAAUAAAUAAGAAAGAAUAUAAAAAAUGAGAUGCCUCAGACGAAAGGCCUGGCAGUCUCCUUCCAAAAAAUCAGCCAGUGAAAAACCUAUGGAGUAUAGUUCUACUCUGACAUACGUGGGGUUGCCAUGAGUCUGAAUCAACUCAAUGGCAACUGGUUUGAACUGUCUUAACCUGUUACUAGGAAACCUUGGUGGCGUAGUGAUUAAAGAACUAUGGCUGCUAACCAAAAGGUUGGCAGCUCAAGUCCAUCAGGAAACCCUAUGGGGGCAGUUCUACUCUGUGCUAUAGGGUCACUAUAACCUGUUACUGUUUCCUUUGGUAAUUAAUGAGUUAAAUAAAAUCUUUGACAAGUGUUCAUUAAAAAAAAAAAAAAGCCAGCUUGACAUCAGCUUUAAUAGAAAGCUUUAGUAAACUUUUAUUCUUCUUCUACUACCCCACAGAACUGUGUUAGAAAUAGCAGGGAGAGAUAACCAGAGCCAAGACCAGACUAGUGCCCUACGUUUUGAAAUUCUUCCCUUUUGGCUCUUCCUUUUCUGACAUGCGCUGCAUGAUUUAGUCAGGGAUUCUUAACAUUUUUUGUGCUGUGAACCUCCUUUGGCGGCUUGAUGAAGCCUGUGAACCCCUGCUCAGAGUGAUGUUUCUAAAUAAAUACAUAGAAUUACAAAGGAAACCAAUCAUAUUGAAAUACAAUUAUCAAAAAUGUUAAAAAAAAAAAAAAUACACUAGCAAGUGGCCAUCUAAGAUCCAUCAGUUGGUCUCAACCCACCUGGAGCAAAGGAGAAUGAAGAACACCAAAGACACAAGGUAAUUAUGAGCCCAAGAGACAGAAGGGGCCACAUAAAUCAGAGACUACAUCAGCCUGAGACCAGAAGAACUAGAUGGUGCCCGGCUACAACCAAUGACUGACCUGACAGGGAACACAACAGAGAAUCCCUGAUGGAGCAGGAGAGCAGUGGAAUGCAAACCUCAGAUUCUCAUAAAAAAAAAAAAAAACAGACUUAAUGGUCUGACUGAGACUAGAGGGACCCUGGAGGUCAUGGUCCCGAGACCUUUUAGCCCAAGACUGGAACAAUUCCCAGAGCCAACUCUUCAAACAGAUUGGACUGGACUAUAAGAUAGAAAAUAAUACUGAUGAGGAGUGAGCUUCUUGGCUCGAGUAGACCCAUGAGACCAUGUGGGCAGCUCCUGUCUGGAGGGGAGAUGAGAAGGAAGACGGGGUCAGAGGCUGGCUGAAUGGACACAGGAAUACAGGGUGGAGAGGAGUGUGCUGUCUCACUAGGGGAAGAGCAACUAGGAGUAUAUAGCAAGGUGUGUGUAAAUUUUUAUAUGAGGGACUGACUUGAUUUGUACACUUUGACUUAAAGCACAAUAAAAAAAAUUUUUAAUGUUAAAAUCAUUCGAUAACAAUUUAUGUGCUUUUUUAUUAACACAUUAAAUAACAAGCUCUAGUGACAGGUCUGAUCAUUACUGCAAUUUCGAAGUAGUGACAAGUAUAAAGGAUAUUUUAGUAACUGGAAUGUGAUGUGAAAAUGCUUAUGACGUCUAUUAUGAUUCCAAACCUGUUGUCAUCAAGUUGAUUCCGACUCGUAGCAACCCUGUAGGACAGGGUAGAACUGCCCCACAGGGUUUCCAAGGAGAGCUGGUGGAUUCGAACUGCCUACCUUUUGGUUAGCAGCUGAACUCUUAACCACUGCGCCACCAGGGUUUCCUCUAUUAUGAUUAGGAAUGCUAAAUUUCAGCUAGAGAUUAGUGAAAAUAAAGUUUCGUUUUUUUUCCUAUCCAUGUUCACAGUUAUCAAACUGAGAUGCUGGUAGGUGAGAGUUCUUCAGCCUCCUUGUGUUCUCUUUAGAGCUCCACUUUUGAUUUAGAAAACAUAAAUAGCUCAAGGACGAGUGUGGUUGGGGGUUGGGGGGAUUUAGGGGAGAGAAACACAAACUAGAGGACAAACACGACAAGUCAGGACUAUACAGCAGAGUUGUAACAGAAGGAAGAGUUGCCUUUUAAAAUAUUAAACAAUCCUACGCAGAGAAAAACCUGAUGGAGAUUUUAAAUCUUUCUCUCAGCUUAGUUUUGAGCAAACUAGAUUUCUCAGAAGAGGGCGUUUUGCUUGAAAAUAAUUUUUCUAGAUUCUAGAAUAUUGUACAAAAAGUUUAAGUACUCAUAAACAUGUUUUUGAAAAAGAUUACUGUAACAUUACCAGUACAUUUUGAAAACAGACAACCCUGCCUAUUCCACCACUAUUCCUAUUGAUGUUUCAUUUUUCUCCGUUGUACGCUAGGUUCUACUCAUUUCCUUUUACCAAGUAUAUGGCAACCCCACACAUUCCAUAGAGUGACUUGUUUAACCUACAGAUAUCAUAUCCCUGCUAACAGACUGUUAUGGAUUGAAUUGUAUCCCCCAAAAGUAUACACUGUAAAUCCUAACCUCUGUGCCUGUGGUUAUUAUCCUAUUUGUGAAUCAGUUGUCUUUGUUAUGUUAAUGAGAAAGGAUUAGUGUAGUGUAUAUCUUGAGUCAGUGUCUUUUGAAAUUAAAUAAUCAAGCAGAAGCAGAGAUGGGGGAAGGGAGCUGCCAAGCCACAUGAAGAUCGCCCAGGAACAGAAAUUGAAAGAGACAAGGACCUUCCUCAGAGCCCACAGAGAGAGAAAGCCUUCCCCUAGAGCCAGCACCCUAAAUUCAGACUUUCUCCUCAACUAUGAGAAAAUAAAUUUGUUAAAGCCACCCACUUACGGUAUUUCCGUUAUAGCAGCACUAGAUAACCGAGAAAAAAUUUGGUACCAGAAGAGUGGGGUGCUGCUUUAACAGAUACCUAAAAUGUGGAAUUGAGAAUGGGUAGAGGCUGGAAGAGUUUUAAGGUACAAAGGCUAGACUGCCUUGAAGAAACUGUUGGUAGGAUUAUGGACAUCAAAGGCAAUUCUGGUAGGGGCUUAGAAGGAGGUGAGGAGAGCUAUAGAGAAAGUCUCUGUCCUCUUAGAGAAUAAUAUGGUGUCAGCAACAGAGUGUUGUUAGAAAUGUGGGCAUUAAAAUGAUAACAUGGGAUUGGACAAUGGAGGAAGGGAAAUGCUUUUUAUGCAGUGGCAAAGAACUUGUCAUUAUGUUCACAUGUUUGGUGGAAGGCAGAACUCAUAAGUGAUGUACUUGGAUAUCUGGCUGAGAAAAUCCUAAGUAAGAUCCUAAAGGGGGCUGUGUGGUUUCUCCUUGUCACUUAUACGAAAAUGUGAAAGGGAAGAGAUGGACUUAAAAAUGAACUGUGCAAAUGAAAACAACUUAAAGAUUUGGGAAAUUCUAUUGUAUAAACUAAGGACAUGUGUGCUAGAAUGUUCACCAAGGAUGUGGCUAUACAAUCUUUUGUUAAAAAGAUUAAACCUGUAACUGAUGGAUCUAACCAGUUAUCACAGGAGAAAACCCAUCAGUUUACACUUCAGGGGUCAGAGACAAGACAAAGGAAAGAAGACUGUUUGCCUCUUAUAAUUCUACAGGCAGGAAACAGGCCAAAGGAGCUACAUCUGUUGUCCUCCAAGUAAAGAAAAGGACCAUCCCUGGAGCAGCUUGAAGAUCAGCAGAACUGUUGGAAGGAGCAUGGGAAGCAGGGCCCUUUCAGUUUCAAAGGAGAUUUACAAACGAGGACCACCUGGCAGUUCAUAAACACAAGCAUGAGAUGACAUUGAAAUUUGGCCCAGCCCGAACUGACUCAGUCAUCAUUGCAGAUCAAACUCCUACUCCGACUAGAUUCCUAAAGAACUGUGAGGAGGUGGGACUCUUCAAUGAACUAGCUAGCUCCUUUGAACAUGAAUUCAAGAAAGCUUCAGAUGAUGAUGAGAAAAAGGCUUCUGCUGGGCCCCUUGACAUGUCUCUGCCUUCCACACCAGACAUCAAAGUCAAAGAAGAAGAGCCAGUGCAGGUAGACUCAUCCCCACCUGAGAGCCCUGCCUCUAGUCCCUGCUCCCCGCCACUCAAGGAGAAGGAGCUUGCCCCCAAGCCUGUCGUGAUCUCUACCCCCACGCCCACCAUCGUACGCCCUGGGUCCCUGCCUCUCCACUUGGGCUAUGAUCCACUUCACCCAACCCUUCCCUCCCCAACCUCUGUCAUCACACAGGCUCCACCAUCCAACAGGCAACUGGGGUCUCCUACUGGCUCCCUCCCUCUCGUCAUGCAUCUUGCUAAUGGACAGACCAUGCCUGUGCUGCCAGGGCCUCCGGUACAGAUGCCUUCUGUUAUAUCGCUGGCCAGACCUGUGUCCAUGGUACCCAACAUUCCUGGUAUCCCUGGCCCACCAGUUAACAGCAGUGGUUCCGUUUCUCCCUCUGGCCACCCCAUACCAUCAGAAGCCAAAAUGAGACUAAAAGCCACUCUGACCCACCAAGUCUCCUCACUCAAUGGUGGUUGUGGAAUGGUGGUGGGCACUGCCAGCACCAUGGUGACGGCACGUCCAGAGCAGAGCCAGACCCUCAUCCAGCACCCUGAUGCCCCAUCCCCUGCCCAGCCGCAGGUCUCACCAGCCCAGCCCACCCCUAGUACUGGGGGAAGACGGCGGCGCACAGUGGAUGAAGACCCAGAUGAACGGCGGCAGCGGUUUCUGGAGCGCAACCGGGCUGCAGCCUCCCGCUGUCGCCAGAAGCGGAAGCUGUGGGUGUCCUCCCUAGAGAAGAAGGCAGAAGAACUCACUUCCCAGAACAUUCAGCUGAGUAAUGAAGUGACAUUACUACGCAAUGAAGUGGCUCAGUUGAAACAGCUGCUGUUAGCUCAUAAAGACUGCCCAGUCACUGCACUACAGAAAAAGACCCAAGGCUAUCUAGAAAGCCCCAAGGAAAGCUCAGAGCCGACGGGUUCGCCAGCGCCUGUGAUUCAGCACAGCUCUGCAACAGCCGCUAGCAAUGGCCUCAGUGUUCGCUCUGCUGCUGAAGCUGUGGCCACCUCGGUCCUCACUCAGAUGGCCAGCCACAGGACAGAACUGAGCAUGCCAAUACAGUCGCAUGUGAUCAUGACCCCACAGUCCCAGUCUGCCGGCAGAUGAUGCCUUCCCUGGUGGAGAGGUCCCCAGUCAGCUCGCCCGCCCAAGAGCCAAGAGAGAUGUCAUCUUAUCCCCUCCCAUCUGCCUUGGACGUGGGAGUAUGGAGGGAAAAUUGUGUGUUGUGAGUAAUGGACAGAUGUGGGGCUUUUUUCUUCAGCUACAUGGUCAUGUAUGUUUGACACCUGUACUAGGGGCUAUUCAGCCCCAGAGCCACAUAGAUCAUCCCCCAAAUGUGGGGUUUCUGAUGUACCCACAGCCAAAAAACCCUUCCAGAUGGUCCGAACAAUCAGCCCUGCCCCAUGCACGUGUACCUAUCUCUUUUAACACUAACCCUUGCACUUCUAGGUUUGGGGUUUCUCAGUUCCCUCGCUUCCCACUAAGCUGUGGCUGUUACCUUCUUGUUCUUUACCAGCAUGCCACUUCCUGCUAGGUAGAGACAGGCUAGAUUUGAUGGUCUAUCACCCAUUGACUCAUCCCUAGCCACUCUAUGGACUCAGGACUUUUUUUUCCCAAUGGCUGCUUAUUUAUCCCUCUUUUCCUUUCCUAAACUGUAGUUUAAAAAUUCACUUAUGGAGAAUCUAAGCAGUAUUUUCCAGCACUUCCAUAAACUUUAGUCCUUCUCUUCACCUACCACCAAAAAAACAAACUAAACCCAAGAGUUCCGGUGUACUCCUUUUUUCAUCUAUUUCCAGAGCUAUUUGGGUACUUCGUUUUGUCUCUUGACUUUACCUAAUAUAGUGCUGGGGUCUGCGCCACCUCCCCGCUAAGCCUUGACAACCACAUCUUGUGGCCUUACAUUACUUGGUAGUGAAAGGGGAAAGAGCCCUGGAUGCAAGUAGCUGAUUCUGCCCCCCAUCCACCUUCAGUUCUAAUCAGGGCAGGUAGGAACAGUGUAGUUUGAAGCCAGUUCCAUCAGGUUAUUGGAUUAAUUGAUGCUUUUACAUUUUACAAGAGUUUACUAGUCAAAACACAUAUUCAUUUUGGUCAUCUUUCUUCUGCCUCUCCUUCUUCAUUCCCAUCCACACUUCUGCCUCUGUCUUCUGUAACUAGUUCAGAUGCAGCCCUCAUGGUGGCUCAAGUAUUGGGGACUCUGCACUCCCCCUUGUUCUUUCUCCAUCUCAGCCUCACACAUCUGUCUUCUUCUCUGAUCUAGGGUCUUGUAUUCGUAAGUCUCCAUUACCCUCUGGCUCCACCUUCUUUCUCUUUCUCCAGACUCUGCUUCUCUGCACUUGCCUUUGAAAAUUCGCAGCCAUAACUUGAGCUCAGGACUUUCCCUUUAGACAACUGCUCCCUCGGAUUUUCUCCGGCUUUAGAGUUUUGUUUCAUUUUUUAGAUUCAUCGGUUCUCCAUACUCCAAGCCUCAAGACUCUAAGGCAUCGUAGCCAAGGUCCUGAGUGGAUUUUCUUGAGGAUAAGGUUGGAUGGGGGUAGGCAGAGGAGAAGGAGUGGGAGGGUGGAUGCAGUACUAAUCUCAGCAGAGGAGUCUAGACUUACUGAAGUAUCUGACCUGCCUGGGAAAUUGGUAACUCUCACUGUCAGCCAUUCUUGUUGAAUAAUUGGACUACAGGGGGAGAAAUUCAUUUUCUGUCCCUCUUCUUUCCCCAUUAGGACUUCUCAUUUUUCCUUGGCUCUGAACUAUGCAAUUUCUACCAGAGCCAUAGGAAGCCAUCCAAAGCCAGAGGCCUGUGGAUAGAUAGGUCAGUUUUAAUAGCCCUUCAGUGUGAAACUUUUCCAAUUGUCCUGGAGCCAUCUUCUGCCAUCUGUCCAGGCCAAAAAUGUCCUUUCCUCCAUCUUGCUUAUCUCCGUCUUAAACAUAAUACAAAAUAACCACGGGCUUCCUUUCUUAUUUUGUCUUCCAUAGUGGCCAUCACAGGGGAAUGAGAAAAUGUUCUAAGCUACAAGCUUAUCAUCUCCUAAGUGUGAUAUACUAGUGAACCAGUCAGGUGACGUAUUCUGCUGCAUUUGUUUUAAAUUUCCUCUCCUGCUUUUCAGAUCCAGUGCUGAACAAGCCACUCCUGGUGAAGAGAAAGGGGAGAAAACAUGGGUUUUCUCAUCCUCUAUCACCAGAGACCCCCCGCAGGAACAGCCUCCGAGGUGACUCAGAAUAGCAACUGUCAUGGCAGAUGGUCAGGAUGCAGGCUACCACCUCCAGGGACUUCACUUGCCUUUGAAAAUUCACAGCCAUAACUUGAGCUCAGGACUUUUCCUUUAGCCAACUGCUCCCUGGGAUUUUCUCCUGCUUUAAAGUGUUUCAUUUUUUAUGGUCUUGAUUUCCCCCCAGCAGCCUUGCCCUAAAGCUUGACUGAGUUUAUGGCUCCUAAGGAGCCUUCAUAAGACCCUUGACUAUUCUUCUUCCUCCUUCAGUCAAGUGUUUUAAAGUUAAUAAUCAGCUUGCCACUGCACACAUGCCCUGCCUCACUGCUUGGCCUUAAAGGGGGUUUGAAUCCUGCCAGUCUGUCUCUUGUGUUAGGUGGCUAAUUUAUAUAGAGGGUCUUACUUAGUUUCUUAGCCCCCAAGUCUAAUUCUCAGAGUCCUUAUUGCAUUUUCAUCAGUGGGGAGUUAGUAUUUGGGACCUAAAUAAGGGCACUGCCAGAACCUUAGAAGUGAAGCAGCAAUGAAGUGAGGAACAGGCAGGCCAUUACCCUCAAGACAGCCCUUUAGUUAGCCGUCAGUCUCACCAAGAACGCAGAGCAAUUGCUCACCCUGCAACUUCUCCUGCAGUCAAGGGGAACUUCACUUAUCUUCUGAUUGCUGCCGGGCAUGUGGUCAUUCUUCCUUGAUCUCUGCUUUCCAGACUCAUCUGGACCAGAACCAAACCUCAUGGACAAUGUCACUUAGUCCUUCCUAAGGGCCAUGGCCAUUCUGGAGGCCUAAAGGGGGGCACUUCCAGAAAGGAGCUGGGAGUGUAAAUGUCUUGGGAUGCUUCCAAGUGAAUGCAGGAUUCAGGCCUCCCACCUCACUUCAAAGAUACAGCUGCUAUACCCAAGGCCAUAGAGAAAGGGGUAAGAACCAGGUCUUCUGGCCUGCUUGGCCCAUUCCCUUAAAAGAAAGUUAAAAAGUCUGAGAAAGCCUCCCAUUCUACUAGGAAGGACUGGAAAGCGUACUCCGUCCCUGUUGGUUGAACAUCCGGAGACUGGCUUCUUUCAGUUUCCACUCCUCUCCGUGGCCUGACCGCAAGACCAUAUACUCUAGGUGGUGAUAAAAGAGGAGUCAGGCUAACUGAACCUCACCUUGCUGCCUUCCGUGUCCCCAUUCUGUUGUUCUUGGCUCCCUUCUUGAUUGACUGCCUGCAGCACCACCCAGCCUGGUAAAUGAGGUGCUUAACUAUAACCAUGUCCCAUCUAUAACCUUAUCUACCAAGCAGACACCAAAAAAGUCUUCCUCUGGUUUCCGAAGCUUCCCUGCUCCACACUGAGAGGUUCCUUAAAGGUGCUAGCUCUGAGACAGCUCUCCCCACUGAAUUCCCCUCUUUGCUUUAUAACUACCUGCCCAUCCUUAAAUCAUUAUUUUCCUUUAAUAUUGUACAUUGUAUACACAGGAAGGAAAUGUAAAUCUUUUCAAAUUUCAUAACCAGUCUGUUUUGAUUCCAGUCCUCCUUAGCUGUCUUACAUAUGUCUUUUUGAUAUGCUGUGCUUUUUUUAGACUUUUGAUUGAGAAGGGGAACAGGACAGGCAAAGAUGCUAAGGCAGAUUAGAGGACCCCCCCCCACCCCACUACAGCUUUCCACAACCUUAUCAUCCCUCUCACAACACAGAACUGCUGUCCGUUUGUCUGCAUGUGAUGUGCAUGCAGACAUGUACCUACCCACCACCCCAGUGUGAUGACCCAGCAGGAAUGGGCAUAGGUGGCUGCAUGCCAACAUUCCCACCCUCUGCACCAGUUCACUCAUCUUUCUUUGGGGUAAAAUCCUACCCCAGAAUGAGAAAACGUCAGGGAGAGUAGGGCAGGUUAAUGCAGCUUAUGUCCUUUAUGGAUCCAGGUUUGUAUUGUAGCUACUAGGGUUUAUUUUUUUAAUGGGGGGGGGUGCUGGUAGCACAAAAUACCUCACCAGCAUUAGCUACUGGUGAGUGAUGUUUUAGCUGCGAGAAGUGGCUCUGAGCACCAGUUUCAUUGGAUUUACCUUAGGGAAGUGAUUCUCUGAAUGUGGUCCAGAACCAGCAGGAUCACCAUCAUCUGGGAACUUGUUAGAAAUGCAAAUUAUCAGGCCCGCCCCAGACCUACUGAAACAGAAACUCUGUGUACUCUUGGGGUGGCUUUUAACAAGCACUCCAGGUGACUCUAAUCAUACUGAAGUAAACUUUGAGAACCACUGCCUUAGGGGCAAGCUGGGUGUCAAGGAUAUGUUGAAUACCAUCCUCUGCCUUAGCACUACCAUGUUUUUUCAUUCCCUUUAGUCCUUCCCUCUGCUCCCAUUAAAAGAAAGCAACCACAUCACUCAUUUCAAAAUCUAUGUUUGUCUUCUUUCCAGUCUUAUCCCUGAAACCUGUCCCUGGGUCGGUCUGGACAGAGGUUGUCUCUAGUGUUCCCUUGCAGACUGGUCACUCCAUGUUCUUUGUUACAUUAAGGACCAGCUGGAGCUUUAGCUGUCUUGUUUCUCCCAUACACACACACACACACACACACACACAUCCUUCAGGCAGGGAGGAGAUGAGCCCCCAAACAGUGGAGGCUGCAGCAUCCUGACACAGUAUCUGUUCAAAAGAAAGCCGUGUGUAUCUAUGAUUAUAUCUCUGUUCAUCUAUAUAUCCUUGACAUGUAGCAGCACCUCUCCAUCUCAUCAAGGAACUCGAUUCUGGGUCUGGAUCUCCCCCCAACCCCAAAUGGUGGGCUUUGACAGGUGGAAGGAUGCAGUGCUACAGGCUAUUUUGUUACAAACCGUCUUUUCCCUUCUCUCCUCCACCCAAGUCCGCAUGAUCCCUGUGAGCAGGCUCUCACAAUCUCCUGGGACGGAGCUGAGGCAGAGCUUCGCUCUAUUCUCCUUCACCGUCCCUUCUUCCUCCUCCCUUGCCACUUAGCAGUUAUUCCCCCCCAGCCAGGCCCUCUCCCUCCUCCUUUCCCCUGACAUAUAUUGUGCCUUAUUUAUGCUGCAAAUAUAACAUUAAACUAUCAAGAGAACCGC